AUGAACGUAAACCCGAACGUUCCCAACAUGAACACGAUGGGUGGCCCUGUUGGCGCACCCAUGCCGAUGAUGAACAACGGUGUCGUCCCUCCCCAGGCCGUUCCUGGCCCUGGCCCCGGGCCCGGUCCGCGUCCAGUGCUGGCUCCCACUGAGAGCCAGCGAACACUUCUCAACACGUACAUUUAUGAGUACUUCAUCCGGAACAACAUGUACGAUUGUGCUCGUGCGCUCCUCGGCAGCGAUGCGCAGGUCAAUGUGCAUAAGGACAGUCCCAAUCGUCGUAGGGAUGAGAACGGCAAUGUCCUCGGCAACGGUCUUGGUGACGACCCCAUGGAUACUGACUCCAAGGAUGACAUGGACAAGCUGUCGGACAACCUGCCCGCGCCCAAGCUGCCGAUGCCUGCCUCCGAGACGUCAUUUCUCUAUGAAUGGUUCUGUCUCUUCUGGGAUAUUUUCCACGCGCAACGUGCCAAAGGCGGUAACGGGCCAGUCAACCAAUAUGUUAGCCAUACACAAUCACGCUUGCGCCAGAAUCAGCAACAAGAACUUCUCCGUCAAAUGCGCCCCGACGGUCUCGCACAGCAGCAAUACCAGGCCCAGAUGAUGCGGAGCAUGCAAAAUGGGGGUAUGGCCAUGGGGAUGAAACAGGGUAACCUUGCGCGGACAGCCAUGGCCAACAAUCAGAACAAUCCUCAAGCUAUGCAGAUGCUUCACCAGGCAAAGCAGAAUCAGAUGCAGAGGGACCCCUCGGAUAUGGAUGGUAACCGCCCACGGCCUGCGUCUCCCGGUUCCUCGGAAAACGCUCCCUCACCCUCCAAACGACCUCGCCUGGACGGCGCCCCUUUCAACCCUAACCAGCCUGGGAUGAUGCCCAACGGAAGACCACAACAGGGCAUGCCGGGCCAGCAGCAGGUGGGGAACGCCCAGCACGCAGCACAAGCCACGCAAAUGCUUCUAAGCAACGGCAUUAACCCAGCUCAGCUGACCCCUCAGCAGUUCAACACCUUCUCAAACCAACCCCCAGCUGUACAGGCAAAAUCCAUUGCAACCUAUGCCCAAAAUCUUCAACAGCAUCAAGCAAGCCAGAUGCCCAACAAGCAGAUGCCUAAUGCACCAGGAGGUCCUCAGGCGCAGGGGUCGCCCAUGAUGCCGCAGAAUCCUGAACAAGCCGCUGCUCUGACAGCAUACUACAAUGCGGGAGAAAUGGGGCCAGGUGGCAUGCGACCUGGUCCCGGUGGUCCCCAAGCUGGCGGUGGAAGUAACCACGCUCUGCAAGACUAUCAAAUGCAGCUAAUGCUUCUUGAGCAACAGAAUAAGAAGAGACUCAUGAUGGCUCGGCAAGAACAAGAUAAUAUGGGCGGCAUGCCUCGCGGCGAUGGUGCUACGGGUCCUGGCGGCCCUGGUGCUCCGACUGGUCCGAACGGUCAGCCCUUCCCAGAGACUUCACCUCAAGGUGGCAGGACCGGCGCCUCUCCGAUCCCUUCCGACCAGAUGAAGCGCGGUACGCCACAGAUGAACAACGCUGGAAUUCCUUCGCCAUUGCCCGAGGGCGCCCAAUCUCGCGGCUCUCCUAGCACGAUGAACUUUAUGCCCAAUUCCAUGGAUCCUUCUAUGGCACCAAACUUUUUCAGCAAAGACAUGCAGAACAUUGGCGGCAACAUGGUUCCUGGAGCACAUAUGAAUGGCAUGCGUCCACACAAUGGCCAUCCAGGCCAGCCCUUCAACGGGCCACAGAUGAACCCACAGCAGAUGAUGGCUGCUAGACAGCAGCAGCAGCAAGGUGCACCGGGUGGGAAUCCUGCGGGGCAAUGGCAAGCAGCGCCCAAUGGCCAGAUGGUUCCUCCCGGCCCAAUCCAGGGCACCCCGCAACAACGAGCCAUGCCACCCCCUUCGGCUCCAGGACCGAACACGAACAGGACGAACACCUCGUCACCACAACAGCCUGCGGCAGCGCCACCAACGCCGUCACAAACAAACAAGGCUGCCCCAAAGAAGAAGGACACGAAGAAUGCGAAGAGCAAGGCUGCCACAAACAAGAAGUCGAACUCGAACCUUAACGCAGGCACCACGCCUGCUGCCGACGGGGCUGCAGAAGCAGAGCCACCGACACCAGCUACUCCUAUGACACCCGUCAAUGCUGCUGGCUUCAACAAGGCCGGUCCCAACACGACGGCCGCUGGAGCGUCAAACGGGCAGCCAGCUCCCGCCGCCCCCGUGGCACCGCCUGCAGCUUCAGCUCCUCCCCAGGCUCAGCCAGACGCAUCCCAAAAUGGAUCCUUCGGCGGCAUGGAUAACUCAGCAGACAUGAUGAAUUUUGGCACCAUGGACUUUGCCAACCCUCUCGUGUCGAACGAUGUUCUCAAUGACUUCGACUUUGACUCUUUCCUCCAUGAAGACGGCGAUAAUCAAGGGUUUGAUUUCAACGCCGGCUCGUUCGGUAUGGAAGGCGGAGAAAUUGGAGCCGAAUAA